UUUCGUCCCUCUGCUCACUGUUCGAAUUCGAACCAAUUGCCUCCCAAGUCCCAUCUUCUUCCCUAAAGUUCUAGUAUUUAUCUCGUCAAGCCACUCACGAACCCUUGUUCUUCCUCUUUCCCCAUCUCAAAACUUCCAAUAUUAAUUACGAGUUCCCCACAUGCAUUUCAUUUAAAUGCAGCGAUGUCAGAGCUGAAAUUAAGCCAAACAAGCACCGCCUCCAUGGUUAGAAUUCUCUCUUCUCACACCGUUAUUCCUUCCGCGCCUACACCCUCUCUCACCUUACCUUCCUCCUUAUGCGAGCAAAUCAAGCUUUCCACUCACGAAUCCCUCCUUUACGUUUACAAAUCUAAUAUCCCUCGUCAGGAUCUUCAACCCCACCACAUUUUAAUCACUUCUCUCAGCCAAACUCUGGUUCCUCACUAUCCCCUUGCCGGCAGAUUAUUGUGUCGAUCCGCCGCCGGAGGCGGUCGAUGGGAACUCCAUUGCAACGCCAAGGGAGCUCGCUUCUAUCAAGCCUAUUGUCACUCUACUUUGGAUGAUCUGGAUGACUUUGUGUCUGCCCAGAUCGUUCAAGAACUCAUCCCAGACAUUGACUAUGGUUGUCCCAUCGAACAAGUUCCCCUGCUGGCUGUGCAGCUCACCAGAUUUUCAUGUGGUGGCCUCACGAUCGGGCUGGCCAUGUGUCGCGCCGUUAUUGACGGAAUCGCAGCCAUGCGUUUUAUCAAUUCAUGGGCCAAGUUAGCCAGAGGAGAGCUUUUAGGUUCAACCGAAAUGCCAUUCAACGAUCGAACAGCGCUAGAUUCAUGCGCACUGAAUAAGACGCCACGUUUUGAACAUUCCGAGUUUCACCCACCCCCACUUUGGGAAGGACGUGGCUUAGAAGGAUCAGAACGCGAAACCAAGACGGCUGUUGUCGUUUUGAAGCUGACGAUGGACCAAGUCAACAAACUGAAGAAGAAAGUCGGCGACUCUGCUUCACCUAAUAAACGGCCAUACAGUAGUUUCGAGGUGAUCACGGGUCACGUAUGGAGGUGCGUCAGCAAGGCACGUUAUGCCGGCAACGACGACCAACCAACGAGGUUGUCGACGGUGGCCAACUGUAGAAACCGUCUGAAACCUCCAUUACCUAGCGGUUAUGCAGGGAACGUAGCUUUUCCAACUGUUACUUCAACCUGUUCUUUUCACGACCUCAUGCAUAAGCCUUUGAAUUAUGCGGUAGGGAAUGUACGGGAAGCACUGGAGAGGCUAACGGACGAGUAUGUGAGGUCUGUUCUUGAUUACAUUGAGAGGGAGAAAGAGGUGAAUGCGGUGAGGUACAAUUUUUACUACCCUGCGAGGAGUGUAUAUGAUGGAGAAUUCAGAGGGAAUCCGAAUUUGUUUGUGAUUAGUUGGAUGAAUUUUUCAUAUCGUGAGGCGGAUUUUGGGUGGGGAAAACCCGUUUAUCUUGAUCCAGGCUUCAUGGAUUCUGAAGGGAUAGCUUUUGUUCUGGACAGCGCUGAUGGUGAUGGCGUCGUCGUCGCCAUUUGUUUGCAGGCAAUCCAUAUGGACGCUUUCAAGAGGUUGUUUUUCGAGGAUAUUGAGGGGGUCUUUCCUACCUCAAAGUUAUAA